AUGGACAUCCUGAAGUGGUUGGAGGAGACAGAGCAGCACCACGUCCCUCAGGAUGCUUGCAAGCGCAAGCGUUUGCCAAGGCGAGCAAAGUCAGACAGCUCUUUACUUGAGCCUCUCCCUUUUCAGGACUCCCCUGUCCAGCAAAGGCCUAGAAAGCAAGCUGCCAGUGAUGUUCUCGUUGCUUCAUCCAGUAGCUCCUCAACGAGCAAUCGGUAUGCUCGCAAGCCCAGGCGGAAAACACGUCCCGACCGUUACGGGCCAAACAAGCCCGAACACUCAGGACCUAACAACUCCUCGAAAAAAGCGCGGCACAAGUCCAGACAGAAGAAGGCCGAGAAGUCUGGCCAAUUAGUGCGAAACUUCAAAGCCAAUAAUGUAUCAGGCGAUCGGCUUACUUUGAAGCCUUCAGAGCUGGGCUUGUUUAACAAAGGUCGGGCGUCGGCUGCAGUCCGAGGCCGUGGCUUACCUGAUCUUGUUUUUUCCGAAAUGAAGUUUUUGCAGAAACACGACGAAUCCAAGCCCCCACCCCAACCAGAUGUUUCCAGGAAGAAGCGCAAGAUAGAUCACACCAAAGACGAAGAGAUUUCCACUUUCUUCACCACAGGGCGGCAUACGCUGGCACAAAAGGUUCAAGACGAACCCGCUAGCCAUAGCAGCGUACGUGAGAAACAGCGGCGUCAUCACAAUCAUAGCUCGAUGACUGAUGUAGCGAUACCCACUGUCGUCGAGCCUGUUGAUCGAGUAUCUUUUCCAAAUCUUAAUGGUCAGCACCCUCGACACGAGAGUACUAGUUGUGUGUCCUGGUCUGGAUCCAUUCGAGCACUGAGCACUACGUCAGCACACCAUCAAGCCGAUGAUGACGCGCCUCAUGACUGGCAUGACUCGGAUCGCUAUGGACAUUGCAGGUCUAAACCGAACAGACCACAGAGAACAUUCAAACAGCCAGAGCCUCCUUCAGUAGCCAAGCAGACUACAGACGAUGCGCCAGGAUGUUUCAGAGUAUCCUCCCUGGCUCCAUCCCACAGCAGAGGGUACAGAUUACAGUCCUGUCCCCAACAAGCGUCGUCUCCAAAGCAAGUGAACCUCGUAGACCGCUCUGCGAAGCUCCAAACUACUGGUACAGCUUACUCAUCGUCAUCAAUGCCACCUGCCGUGCCCCCCUAUCCAAAUAUGCACGCAUAUCCAGGGUUGGCGGCAAAGCGCUCGAACAGCCCGAGGGUUGGAAGGCCGUCCGAUCUAAGAAAAGAACCACGUCCCGUCAGCAAGCAUCGGAUUUUAGAUGACGACUACAAUGACGGCGGCGAAGACCAAGAGACGUCUUCAGACCUCGAAAUGGUUCUCCAAGUUUGCAAAGAUACUUUCUACAACCAACAUCGGUCAGCUCCGUCACCAAGAAGUGGUGCCAACAGAUCAGAACAAUUGCUCCCGAUGCAAUCAGCAGACCGACCACACAGGACAAAUUCGCGUAUGCCGACGCAGCGCAUUCCUACUGUACGCUUUGCUGAGCUGCCUGCCCAACAUUAUGUGCAACCGACGUUUAGGGGCCCUAGUAUCUACGAACAACAGGCACAACACCAAUAUCUACCGUUGGGUAUUUUGGGCAAUGAGGCGGUUGGCGACGAUCCAUGGGCUUUCGAGCAAGAGUACAUGGACAAUGGCAUGGCAAUGGACUAUGGUGAUGGUGAUUGGGAUGAUCCGCUAGAGGAAAGCAUGUUGCACGGGUUGGAAAACCACAUCAGUGAGGAUUCUUGGCCUAUCAACCGUCAUGUGGCGCCUGGGUUCUGGCGGCCAAAUAAGUUGUAUUGA